CAGGCAUGGAUAUAUUGGUGGUGUCCAAGAGAAGGAACAAUAUUACUAGAAAACUGCUCUUGGCCGCUGGCAUUACUGCAAUUUGUUUUCUUAUAUUCAGAACAUCACCUGGUUUUAGUAGUUUCAUGAAGUUUGCUCAACGCGAACCUGGUGUAACUCAUGUCUUAGUUACUGGAGGAGCUGGCUUCAUAGGUUCUCAUGCUACCGUUCGACUCCUAAAGGAUUCAUACCGUGUAACUAUAGUGGACAACCUUUCGCGUGGAAACAUGGGCGCUGUAAAAGUUCUUCAAGAAUUGUUUCCUGAGCCAGGACGACUUCAGUUUAUUUAUGCAGAUUUAGGAGAUGCAGUAGCUGUUAACAAGAUAUUUAAACGAAAUGCAUUUGAUGCUGUGAUGCAUUUUGCAGCUGUUGCAUAUGUUGGUGAAAGUACAGAAGAGCCUCUAAGGUAUUAUCACAAUAUCACAUCGAAUACAUUGCUACUAGUUAAGGCAAUGGCAACAUAUGGUGUAAAGACACUAAUCUACUCGAGUACCUGUGCUACAUAUGGAGAGCCUGAGAAAAUGCCUAUUACAGAAGAAAGCCCGCAAGCACCGAUAAAUCCUUAUGGAAAAGCAAAGAAAAUGGCUGAAGAUAUCAUACUGGACUUUUCAAAAACUUCUGAUGUUGCUGUCAUGAUAUUAAGGUAUUUCAAUGUAAUUGGAUCAGACCCUGAAGGAAGGUUAGGAGAAGCUCCUCGACCUGAAUUGCGCGAGCAAGGACGGAUAUCUGGUGCUUGUUUUGAUGCAGCCAGGGGAAUAAUUCCAGGGCUGAAGAUAAGGGGAGUAGAUUACAACACACCAGAUGGAACUUGUAUACGAGACUACAUCGAUGUGACUGACCUAAUCGAUGCUCAUGUCAAAGCGUUAGAGCACGCAAGACCUAGCAAAGUUGGUAUCUACAACGUCGGAACAGGAAGAGGUAGUUCGGUGAAACAAUUCGUUGAAGCUUGUAAAAGAGCUACAGGAGUUAACAUAAGGGUUGAAUACCUCACUCGACGUCCAGGAGAUUAUGCUGAAGUAUACAGUGAUCCUUCUAAAAUUAGACACGAAUUGAAUUGGAUCGCGAGAUACACGCUUGAAGAGAGCUUAGCAAUAGCAUGGAGAUGGCAAAAGGCACAUAGAAAUGGUUACAACUAAAGUAGAUAGGUUUAAGAUUUGAACUCAUGAAUUACUUUUUUUGUUUUGAAUAGGUAACAUUAUACGUCUAGCAGACUCAGUGGUGGAGUCAG